AUGUCUGAUGGGUGGACAAAUCAAAAACAACAACCAAAAAUGAAUUUUUUGGUGUAUUGUCCAAGGGGAGCCAUGUUCUUGAAAUCUAUUGACACUUCAAGCCUUACAAAGGAUGUUGAAACUUUGUUCAAUAUAUUUGAUUCUAUUGUUCAAGAAAUUGGUGUGGAAUAUAUUGUGCAAUUGAUUAUAGAUAAUGCUUCUACCUAUAAAAAAGCUGGGAAAAAAUUACAGCAAAAGUAUGGUACUUUAUUUUGGUCUCCUUGUGUAGCUCAUUGCAUAGACUUGAUGUUGGAGAAUAUUGCUAAUCCUAGGUGGUUCCCUCUUGUUGAUGAAGCAAUUAAGAAGGCAAAAAAGAUAACAAAGUUCAUUUACAACCAUGGAGUUGUUUUAGACUUGAUGAGGCAAGAUUUUACAAAUGGAAGAGAGUUAUGUCGUCCUACAAUUACAAGGUUUGCCACUAACUUCUUAAGUCUACAGAGCAUGCUAAGUUUCAAACAAGAGCUUAGACAAAUGUUCACUUGUGAUAAAUGGCUUUCAUGCCCCCAUGCUAAGACUGCCAUUGGGAAGGAGAUAAGUAAAAUUGUUUUGGAAGAUUAUUCAUUUUGGUCUCAAUGCAAGAACAUAGUGAAAGUUAGUGAGCCUUUAGUUAGAGUACUUUGUAUUGUUGAUGGGGAUGAGAAACCUGCUAUAGGGUACUUGUAUGAAGCAAUGGACAAAGCAAAAGAGGAAAUAAAAAGAAGGUUGAAGAACAAAUUUUCUUUGUAUGGACAUUAUAUUAGAGUUAUUGAUGCUAGAUGGGACAAACAACUUCAUAGUCCUCUGCAUGUAGCAGGUUGCUUUCUUAACCUUGCAAUUUACUUUAGGCCUUCAUUUAAAAGGCAAAAUGAAGUUCAAAGAGGGUUGCUAAGCACUCUAAUGAGGUUGGAUCCCAAUCCUGACAUUCAAGACAAAAUAAGUUCACAACUUGAUGAGUACAAAAAAUCAAUUGGUGACUUUGGCACAUCACUAGCAAUCCGCCAACGAGAGAGACUAAAUCCAGUUUCAUGGAACAUUCAAAGGAAUAAGUAUGCAUUGGAUCCUAUAAGCUUGGAUAACAUUGACUUGAUGGGAGAUUGGGUGGCUGAAGAACUUGCACUUCUUAAUCCAGAUGACAUAAAUUGGGAUUGUCUUAAUGAACCAACACCCCUAGUGAAUGUGGAAGAGGAUGCUGAACUUGAAACUAUUGAUGUUGAUGACUAUGAUGAUGAUGACAACAACAAUGAACAUGGCUUGACAAAUCUUCCAAUGGGUGCUAGUAGUUCUUGUGGGAGUUCUUUUGAUGAUGAAUUUGAUCCUUUUCUCAUGGAUGAUGAUGAUGAGGAGGAGUAA